AUUGUGCCCUUGUUCAAUAGACAAAAAGAAGAAAUCUCUUUCGGCGGUAGAGAACUGACUUACUGGAGGACUUGGGAAGGAAAGGGUUAUUUUCUGCACUCGAUGACGAUGAUCCUCUAGGAGAUCAGCUCUAAUGGAUUCUAAGGAUUUUGACCUACAAGAUGACUACAAGUCACCUUUUAAUUUUGACAGUGGAGUCAAUAGGAAUUAUCUUUUUCUUUCGCCUCGGCUGAGUAACACUCCUCCGGAUUCACCAACUCGUUUUGGCACGGAUCACCUAAAACCUGAACCUAUCCUGGAGGGAGAAGAUGCAGCUGCUACAGUAACAGACACCUUAUCAGAGGAGGAACAGGAACACUUACGAAAAGAGCUUGAGAAGGUAGAAGAAGAGAUACAAACACUCAGUCAAGUGCUAGCUGCAAAGGAACGGCAUCUAGCAGAAAUCAAAAGGAAACUUGGAGUAACUCCACUGGCGGAGCUGAAGCAAAACAUUUCUAAAGGACUGCAGGAUGUGGCCGCCACCAAUGUGUACAAGAAGACUUCAGAAACCCUGUCCCAGGCUGGGCAGAAGGCCUCAGCUGCCAUAUCCACAGUUGGAUCAGUCCUCACAAGAAAGUUUGAAGAUGUAAAGAAUUCACCCACCUAUAAGUCAUUUGAAGAAAAGGUGGAAAACCUGAAGUCAAAAGUUGGCGGCACCAAGCAACCAGGCGGAGAUUUUGGGGAGGUGUUGACCUCUGCAGCCAAUGCCAGUGCCACAGAAGACCUCACAGAAAAGGAACUCGAGAACCAGUGAGCUCACCAGUGUAUUCAGCCAAAUCUGAAAGAUGCUGCAGGAUCAUUGAAAGCACACCUAGAGCGCCCCCUUGUGUUCUCCAAAAACAUGUCCUGUCCUUCUAGAACCCUUUGCUUUUUUUUUUUUUGCCUUCUGUUUGUUGUACCUACCACUUGUUCGCAGUGCAGGCUGCUAAAUCCAGUGACUUCACUGCAGCAAGUGACCGGCACGCUCUUCCAUUAGUCACCUAUGUGCAUAUGUUUGUGGUAGAAAACGUAUCCAAGUGUUUGGUGGGCCGGGAAGAGAAAGGGAUUUUUAUGCAGAAUGUUCCAUUGCUCCUUUACUACUGCCAACAUUUUUGUUACACUGGAUUCUUCAUUUACUGUGUAGACACUAAUGAUACCUGAAAUAAAUGUGCGUGAGAACAAUUGCACAUA